AUGACCUCUGGUGCAUUCGACAUCAACGAUUCCCAAGUUGGAACAACGUCCCUAAUUCUGCCGCGGUGUCGAUGCAGCUGUUUGCCAAUUGAAUGGGAGGAGCUACGCUCGAUUUCCACUAAAGUACAGCAGGAUCUUGAUGAUUCCGGCAUGAUUGAGCCUCAUCACGAGUUCGAGAGCGUUUACGCGAUGUGGCAAGCGGAGCUUGGAGGAAUAUCAAGUGAAAUGAGGAACGUGGAGGUCGAACUUCGGGCUGAAAUUGGCGAGGAAAGUCCGCAGGAGCUUGUGUGGUACGCUCACGCUCAUAAGUACUGGGAUGACGAGAAAAAUUGUCCCCUUUCAGAAAACGGAGUGCUAGGUGGCUUUGCCCACAUUUCAGAAAUCGACAUUAACUGUGGCGCCGGGAUCGGCCGAGUAAGCAAAUUGCUGCUGUUGCCCAUGUUCAAUCACGUUGAUCUCGUGGAUCAAAGCCCAAGACUUCUACGUGGAUUAGAGCAGUAUUUAGGGGCAGAUGAAAUUCUUCUAGCUCGCGUGAGAAAUUUAUAUUGCAUGGGACUUCAGGACUUCGAGCCGACGUCUGCUAGUUACGACCUCAUUUGGAUGCAAUGGGUGCUGGUGCAUCUUACUGACCUCGAUCUUGUACGCUACCUAAAGCGCUGUAAGAAGGCUCUUACUCCGAAUGGUUUUAUUGUGGUCAAAGAAAACAUAUUUCAGUCUGCUGAGCCCUACGAUAUCGAUCGACAAGACAGCAGUAUCACGCGCUCAGCCGUCUACUAUCGGAGUAUUUUUAAGCAGGCUGGCCUUGUUGUGCUGGCGGAGUGGAGACAACGCCACUUUCCAAAAGAACUUUACCCUGUAAAAAUGUUCGCGCUGGCAUAG